AUGCCGCCGAAGAAAGCUGCCAUCGCCGCCGCGGCGUCCAAGUCGAGCAAGAAGAAGAAGUGGUCGAAGGGCAAGGUUAAGGACAAGGCCCAGAACAUGGUUGUCCUUGACCGACCCACGUACGACAGGAUCCUCAAGGAGGUCCCGACGUUCAAGAUGAUCUCGCAGUCGACCCUCAUUGACCGCAUGAAGAUCAACGGCUCCCUCGCCCGCGUCGCCAUCCGCCACCUGGAGCGCGAGGGCCAGAUCAAGAGGAUCAUCCACCACCACGGCCAGCUCGUGUACACCCGUGCCUCGGCCGAGUAA